GCUCCUUCCUGGCGGUGAGAGUGUUCCACCGCCCGCGGCCGGAAGCCCCUCGAACCUUACGUGCCAUGGCCGCCGUGGGGUCCGCUAAGGUGGCGUUGCAGGUGGCGGAAGUGCUGGAGACCAUCGUGAGCUGCUGCGUGGGGCCCGAGGGGCGACAGGUUCUGUGUACGAAGCCCACCGGCGAGGUGCUGAUCAGCCGGGAUGGAGGCUGCCUCCUGGAGGCGCUACACUUAGAGCAUCCCAUAGCCAGGAUGGUGGUGGCCUGUGUUUCCAGUCAUCUAAGAAAAACAGGAGAUGGUGCUAAAACAUUUAUUAUCUUUCUUUGUCAUUUACUCAGAGGACUUCAUACAAUCACAGAGAAAGAACAGGAUUCUUUGAUUUCCAAAAAUAUUCAAACCUAUAGAAGGCAUUGGAAAAAUUGUUGUCAGUGGAAAUUUAUUUCUCAAGCUCUUCUAAUGUUUCAGACACAAAUAUUAGAUUAUAUUAUGGACCACUACUUAAGUAAACACUUUUUGUCCAUCUUUUCUUCAUCCACUAAAGAGAGAACAUUGUGUAGGAGCUCUUUAGAGCUGCUCUUAGAAGCAUACUUUUGUGGAAGAGUGGGGAGAAAUAAUCACAACUUUAUUUCACAAUUGAUGUGUAACUACUUUUUCAAGUGUAUGGCUUGUGAAAGUGGAUUUGAAGAAGUAUUUGACUUAGUGGAUGACUAUUUUGUAGAGUUGAAUGUUGGUGUCACCGGCCUUCCUGUCUCAGAUUCCAGGAUCGUAGCUGGGCUUGUGCUUCACAGAGACUUUUCUGUAUACUGUCCAGCAGAUGGUGACAUAAGAAUAGUGAUAGUAACAGAAACCAUUCAGCCUCUUUUUUCAACUUCUGGAUCAGAGUUUAUUCUAAAAGAAGCACAGUUUCAGACCUCUCAGUUUUGGAUUAUGGGAAGGACAAAAGCAAUAAUGACACAUUUACAGAGUCAGAAUGUAAAAUUGCUCCUGUCUAGUGUGAAACAACCAGAGUUAGUUAUUUAUUAUGCAGGACUGAAUGGUAUAUCAGUAGUAGAGUGUUUAUCACCUGAAGAACUUUCUCUUAUCCAGAGGAUCAUGGGUCUUUCUCCCUUUAUACUACCACAGGCCUCUUCACAGUAUGAAAUCUGUAACACUGCUUUGGUGAAAUUUUGUAAGCCCCUUAUCUUGAGAUCCAAAAGGUAUGUUCAUCUUGGUUUGAUUAGCACAUGUUCAUUUAUACCACACUGUAUAGUUCUUUGUGGACCAGUGCAGGGUCUUGUUGAACAACAUGAAGAUGCUUUACGUGGAGCAUUUAAAAUGCUUCGACAGUUAUUUAAAGAUCUUGAUCUAAAUUACAUGAUACAAACCAGUGAUCAAAAUCAUACAUCAAGUCCUCUUACUUGUAAGAAUAGCAGAGAAAGUAAUCCACUGCCAGAAAGUGUUAAUGGCUUAAUACAAAGGCCGUAUCAGGGCACAAUUGUAAAGAGCAAAGGUAAACUGGCAAAAACUCAAACAUAUUUAAAAGUAUGUUCAAAUUUGGUAGAUCCAAGUAUAGAAUUAGAAACAUAUACUCCAUGUUCAACACCAAAAGUGAUACCAGCAGAUACAUACCAAACAGAUGAAACACUGAGAUGUUUAUCUCCAACCAAAACCAGUAUAAUUGAUGACAAUGAGCCAUUUAUUGAGAGUAAUUCUGCUAAUUCAAUAGCAGAAAACACUAGAAUAGAAAUUUCUUACAAAAAUUUACAAGUCACAAAAAUUGCUGGAAGGGGAAACAUUUUGCCAGUGAGAGAGAAGUCACUGGAGAUGUGUUCUUCCCAGAGUUACUACUGCUCCAUUCUACCAGCAGGUUGUGUUUUGCCAGUGGGUGGUAAUUUUGAGAUCUUGUUACAUUACUAUCUUCUCAACUAUGCCAGAAAAUGUCAGCAAUCAGAAGAAACCAUGGUUAGCAUGAUAAUAGCUAAUGCUCUUUUAGGCAUUCCCCAAAUGCUAUAUAAGUCUAAGAAAGGAAAGGACAGCUUUUCACAAAUAUAUAUAAGAACUCUCCAUGCACUGCAAACCAAUCAACCCAUCGUGAGCAGUCAGACAGGUUUGGAAUCAGUAGCUGGUAAAUACCAAUUACUAACUUCAGUUCUUCAGUGUUUAACAAAAAUUUUAACCAUUGAUUUGGUAAUCAAUAUUAAGAGACAGCCUCAGGAAAUGUAUGAUCAAGAUUCAGAAGAGGAAGUAUAAAAUUGGAAGUUUUUUAUUAACCAAAAUUGUAAUUCAACUCAAGCAAUAAAGAAGGAUGUGACAACUGAUUCUCAAAUCAAUUCAGUCUAGUUAGGAAAACAUCAAAACUUAAAAAGUCUAUAGAAGAAGUACACUGAGGCUAGUAGACAUUCAGACAAAUAUUAGAAAACAUGCAACAAUUCUGGGGAAGAAGCCUUCCACAUGGGGAAGCCAAGAUCCAACUAAGUAUGUCUUUCUUCCCCCUACAGGUGCCUGUCUCAGCUCUGUAUUAGUUCGUGUGUAUGUUGGAGGGUGUUUCCUUAUAGCUCCUUUUUACUUUUCUGUAUCUUUUUUUCAAUCUCUUCAUCCGUCCUCAGCUUUCUGUAUUUAGUUAGUUCAUAGAAUCAUUUAAUCUGAAAUUGAGAUGGGAUCUUCAGAUGUCAUCCUAUUUUAAUGGUUUAAAAUAUAAAAUACAGUGUUUACUUUAUGUAAAAUAAUUUUUCUCAUAAUUUCUAAAGCAAUGAAUAAAAGUCUUGAUUUUUUUUUCUUAAGCAUAUAAAUUAAAUUAGUUUUUACUUUUAUAUGUCCCCUUAUUUAUAUCCAUUUUCUGUGGAAAAGCCUGGAUAUAUUUUUUCACUAUCCAUACACCACUGAAUAUGUAACCGGAAAUAUGACUUUGUGCACUGUAAACUUACUUUCAUUUCUGUAGUUAAAAGUUAGUUUCAGAAAGGCUAUGAAAUGCAUACUAUCAUUUUCUCCUUCCCCUAAGAGCUUGUAAAAAUAAUUCAUGUAUGUGCUGGCUUUUCUUGUAUUUGGUGCAUAUGGUUCAGAGUUCAAUAGUAAUAAAUAGUUCGAAAAUUCUUUUUUUUUUUUUGUAAUUCAGCUGAUUGAUUUAUUAAAAAAACAAACAAACAAACAAUCAAAGAUGGGUAAAAGUGCGUAGUUCAUGCCAUCAUUCUGCAACAAGAUCUGCCGUUUUUUGGCCUUCAUGAAAAGUUCCUAUUUCACUUAACUUUUUAUACAGAGUUAUUGUUUUAUCUUCUGUUGUAAGAAAUACUAAGUUAACAUACUGUGCUUAUACCUUCUUUGAAUACUUGAAAAAAAAAAGAACUUUUACUGAAAAAAAAGUUUGAGACUUUGACAUUCAUUUCUGCACAACAUUUAAAUAAAGAUUUGAUUAUGCAGUGCUAAGCUUCCACCUAUACUUUUAGAAAAGGAGUCUAACAUCAAACUCUCACUUGAGUUUUGAGUGCGCAGAAGUUAAUCAUGCUGUGAAUUUCCCCUGAAGACCUUGACAGCUUUGCAGAGGGUGGUUUCAAUGCUACACCCAAAAUGAAAGUUAUGGUGAUGUACAUAUACUUUGCUUUCCCAACUUAAGUGUUCAAACAUUACAUAGACUGAAGAACAACUUCAUUCCAAAGACCUUCCAUUUGAGCAAUGCAAUCAUGAAUCUAUUCCAGGGAGACAACUCUAAUGUUGUUAAGGGUUAAUUCAGAGUUACUAGGGUAAAGGAUGUAAUGUACUCUAUACAUAGUUGCAAAACAAACAAAACACAACACUUAAAGCAUUAUGUUCUAGGAGAACACAAGUCUUGAUGUACCCUUGCACACAGGAUUCCCUGCACCCUGGCUGGAGACCUUUAUCAGCAAUAAGCCAAGUAUCCGAGGAACGGCAAGCACUAACUGUGGUAUACGCAGUGCAAGAAUGGAUUUCCUUCGCAAGAUAGACUUAUUAGUAUUUUCAGUCUUUUUAAGUCUUCCAAAUUCUGGAGCACAAUGAAUGUAACAUGUUAUAUUCCCAUAAAAAACCGGUAUGACCAUACCCAAUAUUUUUUUUUAACCCAGGCCAGAAAACAGAAAUCAGUCACUGCAAUUAUUGCAAUAUAAAAUUUAAGUAGGAAAGUAGAAAAUUUCUACGUUUCAGGCAAGUAUGACAUCUGAUUGAGACCUUCACAGUCACGAUCUUAGUCACUAACAAUGUCACAAGACUUGAGUGUCGCAGGGGAUGGUUUUUCAUCAGGAAAAAGUCACGUGGAGUAGCACUGCAGCAGCUCCCAGAUACCAGGGUCUCCUAAGUUUGGAACCUACCUUUCCUGCUGCCUUUUUGCCCUCCUUUCCACUCACUCAGGAGCAGGUUUAGAGGACAACCUCCUCUUAGGCUCCUCCUUCACCGCUGGGUCUGCGGAGCUGACCUUCCUCUUGGGCAUCGUGGCAACAGGGCGGCCGGCCGUGGGCUGGGUCGCACCUGAGCCUUUGCGAAGCUGGGGUGCCUGCUCGCAGCCACCAUCUGCCAAAAAUUCUUUAUUUCUAGUGUGAGUUUUACAAUAUAUUUCAUUUUAAAGGUUUAUAAGUGCAUGUAAUACUAUAGUUCUCUGCAACACCCAAAGCACGGCUAUGUUUGUACCAAGUAUUCAGAAGCUCCCGUUGUAUAAAACCGCUACCUUCAAUCCAUUCUCUUAAAUACAUGUUUCCAGUUGAUAAAUUCAACAAAUUUUUUUUAAAUUUAUUUUAGAGGGAAAGAGAGCGGGGUAGAGGAACAGAGACAGAGGGAAAGAGGGUCUGAAGCCGACUCCACCCUGAGCUUAGGGCUCACAAGCUGGGCUGGAUCUCACCAGCCUGAGAUCACAACCUGAGCUGAAACCAAGAGCCCAGGCUUAACCGUCUGCACCACCCAGGCGCCCCACAAAUUCAACAAAUUCUUAAUGAGUGCCUACUCUGUGCCAGAUGCUGAAGACACAGGGGUAAAUAAACAGCUGUGGUUUCAACCUUCAUGCCCCUGUCCUGAAAAGUUAAUGGAUGUGACUACUUGGAUUGAGAUUAAAGUUAGGAAACCAGAUUUUGAAAUUCUAAUUACAGUAAAACUUGAAAAAGUAGUGACUAAGAAUGUAUUAAACUGUAACAUCUUUUAAAAAGAAGAAAGAAGAAAAAAAAAAGAAAGAAAGAAAGAAAGAAAGAAAGAAAGAAAGAAGAAAAGAAAAACUAACAUCCUGUGGUAGCUCAUGAUCUUUUACAUUAACUGUAAUUUCAUUUUUUUUAAAGAUUUUAUUUAUUUAUUUGACAGAGACAGAGACAGCCAGCGAGAGAGGGAACACAAGCAGG